AGGGCGGGGCGAGUUCUACGCCGGAAGUGGCUUGCGCAUAGUAAAUAAGCCCCAAAAGGCAAGAAAGGCGCUGUCUCCAUUUUGUCGGGGUUCGGCGUUGUUACGAAGUUGUGGAGAUGGGGAGUGUCCUGGGGCUGUGCUCAGUGGCGAGCUGGAUACCAUGUCUGUGUGGCAGUGCUCCAUGUUUGCUGUGCCGAUGCUGUCCUAGUGGAAACAACUCCACUGUAACAAGAUUGAUCUAUGCACUUUUCAUGCUCGUUGGAGUGUGUGUAGCUUGUGUAAUGUUGAUACCAGGAAUGGAAGAACAACUGAAUAAGAUUCCUGGAUUUUGUGAGAAUGAGAAAGGUGUCGUCCCUUGUAAUAUACUGGUUGGCUAUAAAGCUGUAUACCGUUUAUGCUUUGGCUUGGCUAUGUUCCAUCUUCUCCUCUCAUUGCUGAUGAUCAAAGUGAAGAGCAGCAGUGAUCCUAGAGCUGCAGUGCAUAAUGGAUUCUGGUUCUUUAAAUUUGCUGCAGCAAUAGCAAUUAUUAUUGGGGCAUUCUUUAUUCCAGAAGGAACUUUUACAACUGUGUGGUUUUAUGUGGGCAUGGCAGGUGCCUUUUGCUUCAUCCUCAUACAGCUAGUCUUGCUUAUUGAUUUUGCCCAUUCAUGGAAUGAAUCCUGGGUUGAAAAAAUGGAAGAAGGGAAUUCGAGAUGUUGGUAUGCAGCUUUGUUAUCAGCUACAGCUCUGAAUUAUCUGCUAUCUUUAGUUGCUAUAGUCCUGUUCUUUGUCUACUACACUCAUCCAGACAGUUGUGCAGAGAAUAAGGCAUUCAUCAGUGUGAACAUGCUCCUCUGCAUUGGUGCUUCUGUAAUGUCUAUACUGCCCAAAAUCCAAGAGUCACAACCAAGAUCUGGUUUGUUACAGUCUUCAGUAAUUACAAUCUACACAAUGUAUUUGACAUGGUCUGCUAUGACCAAUGAACCAGACACCACGUGCAACCCAAGUCUACUAAGCAUAAUUGGCUACAAUACAACAAGCACUAUUUCAAAGGACGGGCAGUCUGUCCAGUGGUGGCAUGCUCAAGGAAUUAUAGGACUAAUUCUCUUUUUAUUGUGUGUGUUUUAUUCAAGCAUUCGUACUUCGAACAAUAGUCAGGUGAAUAAACUGACUCUAACAAGUGAUGAAUCAACAUUAAUAGAAGAUGGUGGAGCCAGAAGUGAUGGAUCACUGGAGGAUGGAGAUGAUGUUCACCGAGCUGUAGAUAAUGAAAGGGAUGGUGUCACUUACAGUUACUCCUUCUUUCACUUCAUGCUUUUUCUGGCUUCACUUUAUAUCAUGAUGACCCUUACCAACUGGUACAGGUAUGAGCCUUCUCGUGAGAUGAAAAGUCAGUGGACAGCUGUCUGGGUGAAAAUCUCUUCCAGUUGGAUUGGCAUCGUGCUCUAUGUUUGGACACUGGUGGCACCACUUGUUCUUACAAAUCGUGAUUUUGACUGAAUGGGACUUCUGGCAUGAAAGUCCAACUUUGAUCAUUGCUUAUUUGAAAUUAACAGUAUUCCCAACUUUUGUAAAGUGUGUGUGUGUGCGUGCGUGCGUGUGUGCACUUCCCAUGCAGCUACUCCAGUGUUGGUCUGGCAUGAAUUAGAUUUUACCGCUUGCCAUUUUAUUCAUUUUCUUGCCAAGUCCAUGGAUAUGUGUGUUUGAAUGAAUUGCAGGGGAGAGUUUUAUGAAUAUGGUGGGUGGUGAGUUAGGAAAAAUGUACAUUCUUAGGUAUAUUCUCUGCUGUGUACCUGUGAAAUUACACUAGAAAUGGAACUGUUUGUUUGACGGGUUGAUUUUACAACUAUGUUAGAACUUAAGCUGUUCUAGAAAAGUAUCAGUGGAAAUGUAUGACUGCCUUUUGAAAUUUUGAUGCCUUGCCUUACAGGAGACUGCAGAUAACUUGGCUAUUCUAAGAUUGUAUAACCAAGUCACUUAAAUGCCAGCUGUCUGAAAAUUCUUGUCUGGUUUUCCCCUUGAUCUGAAGAUAAGAAACUUGUAGGGAAUGUUUGAUGGAUAACAGUGCAGGUUUUGCAUGUAGGUUGAGGCACAUAGCCUUCAAAGAAAGACUGGCAAUGGUGCAUACUGAAUUGAGUACCCAGCUAGAUUGUAAUCUUCCCUGGGUAGGCAUGGCCUCCUUCCAUACCUACACAGUGAACUUUGUUUUAGUUUAUAAACACAUGCAAAAUAAUGGGUUCAGUGGAGAUGUUAGGAAUGCUGAAGGAUUAGACAAAGGAUUUGAAAAGGAAAAUCAUGGGUUGAGAAAGAAGUUUUUUAAAAAGACUUUGGAAAUUAGUUUCGAAAAAGAAAGGUGGUAAACUUUUGACUGGGCAGGAAAAACUGCAAAAUUUUGGGCUUCAGUAGGUACUUAGGCAAAAUUGAGUCCAGUUCUCUCAUUUUAAAAAUGAAAAAACUGAAGCACAGACUUAAAUAACUAAUUUAGCUAAUUAGUGGCUAAACUGGGAAAUUCCAAGUCUGCCAGAAAUAACUAGCAUUCUUUCUGGCAUUCAAAAGUAAUUUCUAUUUAAGAUAUGUGCAUAUUAGAUUUUGCACCUCAUUAGGGGUAGGUAAUGUACGUGAUUUGGGUUGCUUGUGGCCAGCAUGUCUUCUACCUGGAAAGUCAGGCCAGGCCAAUAAUGAAAUGCUGUAGAAUAAACUUCUGCUUACAGUACACUGUACAGUUGAUAAGUUUAAAAUGCUUUUGUAUUUGCUGCCAUGUAAUUGAAAUUAAGUUAUUAUAAUCUUUCAGCCUGAAAAUCAAGCCGUAUGACAAUUAGAAACUCUUAGUUACUUGUAUGUGUCAUUAGUCUUAAUGAAGCUUUUAAAAACUAUAUUUGCCUCUUUUAAAAUAUUUAUAAGUGGAAUAUAACAAUUCAACCUAAUUCCCUAACCUUGUGUGUAUUGAUACUGUGUUCCAAGAUUUUGAAUGGCUGUGUUCUACCUAUAAAUAAAUGAAUUCAGACAAA